GCCGCCCUUACUUUCUCCAUUUUUUACUCUACUCUUCGAGUCUGCCCGCCGACAGUGCUGUUUUUGUACUCUCUUCUCGAUGUCAGGGUCUAGCAGUCGUGGAAGCUCAGGAAGGGGAGGUGUACGUGGUGGCGCAGGCGGCGGUCGAGGACCAGCUCGGGGGCCUGGCGGGAGGAACGUCGGCGGGAAGGGUACCUCAGCGAAGAGCCAGAAGCGAGACAUUAUGGAUGGACUGCUGCCAGACCCUGUCCACACCAUGCUCAAGCCGCAGGAUACGCCAGGCGAGCUGGACGCAGAGAUCUCGGACGUCGAAUACCUUGGUUCGUACACUUGGGUCAAGAGCGACAGGCCUAUGAUCGCUGUUCCAGGCUCACCGCGCAUCUGGUCGCCACCAACGCUCCCCACGCAGCUUCCGGCUUGGCGCGCACGCGCUCGCUCCGUCUUCGCCGCCAUCGAUGCGCUCGACGCGUCCGGGGAUCGGACACCGCCGCAGUGGGGUGCCGUUGACGUCGUCACGGACCGCAACAACCUCCUGAAGCUCCUCGCGUGGGUGGACCCCGCAUCCGGAAAGAAGCACCGAGGCGCGUUCCGCAUCGACGUCGAGCUCGCCGAGCCCUGGACGAUCCUAUUCCGGCGGUGGGAGGAGCGCGACGCGGUCAAUUCAGACGGGUCGGGUUUCGGGGACUCAUUUGAGCGCGCCAGCUCGCGCGAUGCUCUCGGACACGAGCAGGGUACUUUGGCGGGGCACCAUCAGAUCAUCGCCUACGACUUGUCUGGCAUCAAAAUAGUGUUGAGAUACGAAGUCGACGCGUACCGAAUCUCCGAGCAGCCCUCCAUAGACACUCUCACUGACCAAUUAUCAUCCCUGAACGUGGGGUCCGGUACAAGCGGCACGGAACAGAAGGUCUCCGAGCUUGUCGACAUCCGGCAUAUAGGCUUCGCAGUCCCGCAAUCCUCUCUCGUCAAGGUCAAGUCCCGCUCGCAGCUCAGCAAAGGGCGGUUUCACCUCGAAGAUGCAUACCUCCAGCUGUAUCUCGGCCAGAUCCCCGCCCUCUGCCUCGGGAUACACGACGGCAAUGGCGUCUUCACCAGUACCGAUGAGAUCCGGCUCGACUCGGAGCGUUGCAGCGCGGCCAAGGAGAAGGUGCAGCCGGGCUUGCGCAAGCUGCGCCGCCUCCUGGAGCAAAUUCAGAGCGCCGUAAUACAGCGCGGCCAGGGUGCGAAGCUCAGCCUUAUCUGCCAAGGCGGAAAGCUGCUGCUUAUGCAGAGAGAGCCUGGCGACUCGUUCUUGCCGCCUACUAUACUCAAGCGCUUCACCAGCUGAGUGAUCCAGGUCAGUGUGCCUUGUGAUCUCUCGC